CAGCUUCAUUGAUCCAUUACUGGCAUUAGGCAGCUUCAUUGAUUCAUUGAAGCUCUGGAAAGCUGCAAUAUAAAGCCUGAAGGGCGCUAAGACGGAUUAGAAAGGCCAUCCAAAAGACCGCAGCGCUUCGACUAGGACCAGUUUCCUUAAAUUGUUUAUCUUCUGGGAGCUGCACCUCUGAAUGCAAUAUUUUCAUUGUUCUGUUCAGAUUUCGGCAAGAUGUUGAUGGAUCUGGCAAGCUUCUCGGAGGAGGGCUUCCGCUCCAAGGACUGGGUCAAUGCAGCCUGUCACAGCAAGCCCCCAGAUGAGCCAAUCGACAAAUACCUGUCUGAAGUAGAAAUGAAGCUGCAAUUGCUUGCAGAAAACAUCGCUGCACAGCUAGAGGAGCAGAGCGGAAAUGCCAUUCUGAGAGUCCCGAGGGCCAUAAGAGAGAUAGACAGAGUGAGGGAUGAUGCGUUGUCUUUGAGGGGCACAGUCGGGGGGAUUCUGCAAAAGCUGGAGCAGGUUGAGGGCGUGUCUGCGACGUCGGUCGCGGCGCUGUCGAAGGUUGAUGCGGUGAAGCAGAGGAUGGAGGCUGCGAAAGACACUCUGCAGGAUGCUGCUGGACUUGCGCAACUAUCUGCAAGCAUCGAGGACGUGUUCGCUAGUGGGGAUCUCCCACGAGUAGCCGAGACUCUGGCGCAGAUGAGACGGUGCUUGGAGGUUGUCGGAGAGGUCCCCGAGUUUGCUGAUGUCAAGCGACAGCUUGGCGCUUUAGAAGACCGGCUGGAGGGAAUGGUUCAGCCGAAGCUCUCAGAGGCCCUGCUCGCGCGCAAGGUGGAUGACACACAGAAGCUGCGGAAUAUCCUGAUUGCAAUCAACCGCUUCUCCUCCCUAGAACAGCAGUACACAAAAGUGCGGAUGCGGCCGCUCAGAAAGGCGUGGGAGGAGUUCGACGUUGGGAAGGGUACCGGCUCUACUGCAAACGUCGCUUCGCAGGAGGAUGGAGCAGUCACCGGCGCAUCUUUCGGGGAGUGGUUGCCCCGCUUCUACGACAAGGUCUUGCUCGUUCUUGAGCAGGAGACCAAAUGGUGCGCCCUCACUUUUCCCUCCGAGUCCCACCUGCUCGUCCCCCGGCUCCUUAUGGAAACCAUGUCCGCCAUCUCCUCCUCCUUCACCGCGCGCAUCGAGGCAGCGGCCUCCGAGGCGGGCGCCGAUUUACACCAGGGCACUGGUGGGAACGCGCCUACCGGCGCGGAAACUAGGGGCGGGUCGAAACUCGCGACGCUGCUGACUCUGCACGGGAUGACGGGCGCGUUUGCGCGGAACGUGCAACACGUGCUGGCGGCAGUGGAAGGGGAGGAGCUGGGGAAGGUGCUCAGAGCGGUGUACUCGCCGUUUGAGGGGCACAAAGCAAGGUACGGCGAGCUCGAGAAGAUGCAGCUGACGUCAGAGGUCGCCCAGCUGGACCUGCGUGGCGCCGUGCAGCGCAGCCUCGGCGCGCGCGCGGUGGAGCUCAGCGAAACCGUCCGGCGAAUGGAGGCGUCGGUGCCGGCGGUCAUGGUCUCGCUGGAGGCUGCCAUCGAGAGGUGUCUCGGAUUCACGGGCGGCAGCGAAGCGGGGGCCCUGGUCCGGACGCUGGAUGACGUCAUCCUGUCCUACGUGGCGGCGCUGUUCGAGGUGCUCAAGUCGCUGCGGGCGGUGUGCGGGGUCGACGGCAGCGUCAGCGGCGCUCCCACCACGAGCCACGAUGACGCGGGCGAGGAAGAUUGGUCAACCGUGCAGGGCGCCCUGCAACUGCUGACCGUCAGCGAGAGCCUCGGCAGCCGCACCGCCGUCUUCGAGACCACUCUCCGGAACACCCUCAGCACCCUCAGCCACAAAUUGCACAUCGGGGGGGUCGAAAGCCCCGGCGAGGGAACCCCCGGAACGUCGGCGCGCGAUCAGCCGUUGGAUGUCGCCGUGCUCCGGCUGAUCGACGCUCCGGAGAAGGCCAGGCGGCUGGCGGUUCUGCUGGAGCAAGCCAAGGAUCCGCGCUUUCAUGCGCUGCCGCACACGGCGCAACGAGUGCAGUCCUUCCAGGACGCGGUGCACGAUCUUGUUUACGACGUGCUCAUCUUCAAGGUGCGCCAGCGCCUGGAGGGCGUCGGUACGCUGCCGCAGUGGGCGGCCGCCGAGGAAGAGAACGCGUUCGACCUGCCCAGCUUCAGCGCGUAUCCGCUGCCGUACAUCCGUUCCGUCGGCGAGUAUCUGCUGACGCUCCCGCAGCAGCUGGAGCCGCUCGCGGUGAGCCAGGGCGACGCGGAGGGCGAGGAGGGCGAGGAGAGCUUCCUGGCGACGGAGUGGGUGUUCCAGAUCGCCGAAGGCGCCACCAACCUUUACAUCGACCAGUUGCGUUCGAUCCCGAGCAUCAGCGACAAGGGGGCACAGCAGCUCGCGGCCGACAUUGAGUACCUGGGGAACGUGCUCGGCGCGCUGAGCGUCACGACUCCUCCGGUGCUGGCCACUUUCCAGGUUUGCCUAUCCGCCCCCCGGCAGAAGCUCGUGGAGAUUGUGGCAGACCCACCAGCAGAUGUCGAUCUCAACACAGUCAAGCACAUCGCCCGCGUCAGGCAUGUGGUACAAGACGGUGCAAGUAAAGCGGGUCAACAUUGAUAAGCUGUUCAGCUUGGCUCUCGCAUGGAAAAUCCAGGUAGAGACGGGUGACCAAUGGAUCGUCCAACGUUGUCCAAAAUCACAACUGGGAUCCGCCAGGUGCCUGAUCUUCAAAUCACGUUUUUCGAAGCAACCAGCUUCGGAGGACUGUUGACGUCUGUUAGGAUAACUUACAGCCCUGUGGUGCAACUUUGAAAUGCAUGCAAUGGUCCAAUGUCACAGCA